AUGGUAUUCAUUUUUCCUUUCCCUUUACAUCUCAUUUUCCACUUCUUAUUCUAUUUUCACUUUCCUUUUCAACAUUCCCUUUACUUUCCCACAUUAAUUUUUACUUUCCUACUUUCACUUUCCCACUUACACCUUCACACAUUCAUUUUAACUUUCUCUUUCCCCUUCUCUAUUCUUUUCCUACUUUCAGCUCUCAUUUGCCUUUCACUCUUUCACUUUCUUUUCCUACAUUUAUUUUUCCAUUUCACCUUUCCGUUUCCCCCUCCCCCCAUUCUUUCCCAUUUUCAUGUUCCUUGUUGUACUCUCCUAUCUCACAUACAUUUUCCUUCUUACUUUCACUUUCUCUUUCCCAUAUUUAUUUUCCUCUUCCCAUUUCCCACUUUCACAACCUACAUUAAUUUCCUUUUUACUUUCACUUUCUGUUUCUCAUUUUCAGUUUCCCACCUCCCCCUUUCCAUUUUCUGUUAUUUCUUUUCCCACAUUCCUUUCUCCUCUUUCACUUUGAAACAUUCACUUUUUUAUUACCCCACUUUCCUUCUUCCUUUGCCCAUUUUUAUUUUCCCACAUGCAUUUUCCAUCCCCCACUUUCACUUCUCAUAUUCAUUUUCUUCUUUCACUUCACCACAUUUCUCCUCAUUCUUUUUCCUAUGCCAUAUUCAUUUUUCCUCUUACAUUUUCUUUUUCCACUUUCACUUUCCCAUUAUAACACUCAUUUUUCUUUUUACACUUUGA